AUGAAUAUAAUAAACUACUUAUACCAGAAAAGCAAAAAUAUAUAUAAUAGAAAUAUAAAUUUAUAUAAUUAUAAUAAUAUAGAAAAUGAAAAUCUUAUAAGUAAUUUUGUGGAUGUAACAAAUAACAGUAACCUUUGUUACUCCAAGGAAUCAUCUUCACAAAGUUCAAUAUUCAUGAAUAAAAAUGAUCACAUAUAUAGGAAUAAAAAGAAUAAAAAAAAAAAUAAAAUAAAAAAUAAUAAGGACCAAAGCAUUAUUGAUAAUGACAGCAUGAGUAAUAAUAGCAGUAGUAAUAAUUACUGUGGUGAUUUUUAUAAUAAUAAUAUUAUGAAUAAUUAUAACGAUGUGAUAAUAAAAAAAAAAUAUUAUAAAGGGGAUGAAACAUCAGUGACUUAUAAUAUAAAUAAAAAAAAAGAAAAAAAUAAAAUGAAAGGAAAAUAUUAUAAUGACAAUAUAAGUGUAAAUGUAAAUAUAAAUAUAAAUAAUUAUGAUAUUAAAUUAAAAUAUGAUGAUAAAAAUAAAUAUAAAAAUAAUAAUAUAAAGAAUAAUUUGAAUUUUACUAAAUGUUCUAGUAAUAAUAAUAAUAAUACUUAUGACAAUCAAGGGGGAAAAAAUAAUGUGUACGAAUUUAAUAUUGAUAAUAUUGGAUUCGAUUCAAAAGUAUAUAAAAAUAGAUGUGAUGGUGUGUGUGUAUUAAAUGAUAAUAUAUAUAUUUUUGAUAAAAUAAAAAAAUGUAUAUAUUUGUAUACACCAUAUAAUAAUGUAUGGUAUAUCUUUUUAAAUAUAUAUGAAGAAAUGUCUUUAAGAAAGAAUACACUUUUGUCUAUAUCAAAUUGUGAUAUUAAAAAUGAUUUAAAUGAAAAUAUAAAUAAAUCAUAUUAUAAAUAUCAUAAUAAUAUUUCAUUUAUUAAUUAUACUGACAUGGUCUACCUAAACAAUUCUUUAUUUAUUAUAAGCAGUAAUGCCCAUUUUAUGAAUAUAUGUAAAAUUAAUGUGUAUAAUAUGAAUACACUUUUUUCAACUAUAGUUGUAGAUACAUUUAGUGAUGAAAUGAAUAAUUUUCAAACCUUCUUUAAUUUAAUUAAAAGAAACAGUGAUGUCAAAAGUGAUAAGACAACAAUAAAUAAAAAAAAAAAUACCAAAAAGGAAAAAAAAGAAUUGGAUAUAUUUGAUGAUAAGAAAAUAUAUAAAUGUGAUAAUAAUGAUACUGAUAAUUAUAAUGAUAAUUAUAAUGAUAAUGAUAAUGAUAAUAAGAGGAACGAGUAUAUCAACAAACAUAAAAACAUUGAUAAUUAUACGAAUAAGUGUUUUACUUAUGAUGAUCAUAAAAAUAUAUCAAAAGAUAUAUCAUUUGAUGAUUAUAAGAAUAUACAAAAUGAUUUAUAUUCUGAUAAGAAUGGUCGGACAAAUAAUUUUUAUGACCAAAGUGGAUAUAACAAUAAUAAUAAUAUAUCAAAAAAUGAAUCAAGGGUUUUACAUGAAAACAUGAAAAAAAUGAAUCAGGAUGAAUGCACAGAGAGUAGCCAAUUUUAUUUUAAUAGCAAAAGUGAAUAUAAUAAUAAUUAUGUAGAAUAUGUCAAUGGUAUGUCCGAAAUUUAUGAAUUUUUACAAAAUGAAAAAAAUAAUUUUUUCAAAAAAAAGAAACGAAUUAUAAAAGCUCGAGAUUAUUUUUCAAUUUGUAGCGUUAAUGAAGAUUGUUAUUCAUUAAUUUAUUUAUUUGGAGGUAAAGGGAAUACCAUUAAAAAUAAGGAUGAAUAUAUAGAUGUUAUUUAUAAUGAUUUAUAUUUAUACGAUUUUUAUAAUAACAAAUGGGUAGAAUUAUAUCCAUUUAAACAAAAUGAGAAAAAUAAAAAAAAUAUUAAUUUUGAACUAAUUAAUAAUAAUAGUCUAGUAGAUGAUAUAUAUAUAAAAAAAAGAAACGAUAAUUUAUUAUUAGAUAUAGACAAAAAUUUAAAUACAUGUAAUGAAAAAAAAUCAUAUUCUGAUGAUAUAUGUGAUGACAUUUUUGAUGAACAAAAGAAUUAUGAUAACUUUUCAUUAUUCUCAUGUAAUAAUAUUUUGCCCAAUAAUUGUGAAGAAAAUAAUGAUUCUUCAAAUGUGCCUAAUAAAGGAUUAGGAAAAAAUACAUUUGACCAAAUUACAACAACUGUAGGCACUAUUGGAACAAUUAGUAGCACAAAUUUUGGUAAUGAUAAUGUUGAAAGUGUAGGUGAAUUGGCAGACGUCAGAGGAUCUUUUGAUAAUGUAAUUUGUUCUUCUUCAACAACAUAUAUAAAAAAUAGUGAACAGAAAAAGGAUAAUAAUUAUAAGAUGAAUCACCACAUGGAUAGUUUGUUGAAUAAUUCUAUUAAUAAUAAUAAUAUUAUUAAUAAUUAUCCAACUGAAGAUGUGUAUAAUCUCAUUUGUGACUCUUCAGAUAACUUAGAUUUUAAACAUAUUAAUAAUAACAAAUGUGAGAAAAGUGAUGUGAAUAUGUAUCCAAAUGAUACACAUAAUAAGAAUCAUAAUAAAUGUAAUAUUUUAAAAAAUGAAAAAACAAAUAUUUAUCAUGAAAGGAAUGAUUUUCUAUGUUUUAAUUGUUUAAAUAAUAAAAAGUGCACAUAUAUUUGUGAUAUAAUAAAAAAUGACAUAAAAAUAAAAAGUAUAGAAUGGUUAGGUAAAAGAGCUGGUCAUUCCUGUGUAUAUUAUAAAAGCAAUUUAUAUAUUUUUGGAGGUAUAGAUUUUUAUAGCUUUAACAGUAAUAAAAUCAAUUUAAAUUUUUGUAAUAAUUUAUUUAUAUAUAAUAUAGAAACAAAUAAAUGUUUUGAAAUUAUUGGAAAAGGAGAAAUACCAGAAAAGAGAUAUAGACAUAGUUGUGUUUUAAUUAAUGAUUAUAUGUUUAUAAUAGGUGGUGAAUGUAAAAAUUCGUCCUUACCAAAAUAUGAUAUUUAUUUUUAUGAUUUUUCAAAUUCAGUAUGGACAGAAAUUCUUAUAAAUUCCAAAAUUGGAUCAAACUCUUUAUAUAAAACCGUAUGGUUAGAAAAUUUUGGAUCCAUUUAUUUGUUUGGAUCAUCUAUAAUAAGGUUAACGAAAAAGGAUUUCCAGUAUUUACCAUAUAAUAAAAAGAAAAAGAAACAACAAGGCAUUCAUACAAAUAAAAAGGAUUAUAGUGCUAAAAAUUAUUUUUUAAGUAAAUCAACAUUUGUUAAGAAAACGGAUAUAUUCCAAUAA